AUCUGAGAGUGUCAUAUUAAAUUAUUGACAUUCUUCCUAUGGUGUAUUCUCUUUCUCGGGUCGAGAGGAAAUUGUGACCUCACGUCGUCACCAUCGCUGAGUGUCUUAGGCGCGGUGUUGUAGGGGUCCGAUGCAAAGGCUUGACAGAGGCUCCUCCACCCAAACCUCGAACUUCCCCAUCGAUGCGGGAUUCGUAACUCUUCCGCCAUAUACGCUCUCCAACCAGCUGUUUUUUCUGGUUCGAUAUUGCCUCGCUGAAUCCCAUGAAAAAAAAAUUCAUCUUUACACCUAAGCGACCACUUUAGAAUUCCCAUCCGCGUGCGUCUUUGAUCUCCUCCAAGACAGCCUUCCCCGCGUUAUCCCCGGGUCCUCCUCGCAUCCAACCCCUCGUGCUCACUCGACGACACCUCUCACCGGACCUACAAGACCUGAAAAAUGCAAGCGGUACCUGAAUCGCGACAACAAACAUUCGAGGAGAUCUACGGACCUCCCGAAAACUUUCUGGAGAUCGAGGUCCGCAACCCUCAAACGCACGGCACGUCCCGCAGCAUGUACACAUCCUAUGAGAUCAUCUGUCGCACAAACAUCCCCGCCUUCAAACUGAAGCACUCCGUCGUGCGUCGCCGAUACUCCGAUUUUGAAUACUUCCGCGAUAUCCUUGAGCGCGAGAGUACAAGGGUGACAAUUCCUCCUCUUCCAGGGAAAGUAUUCACGAACCGGUUCAGUGAUGACGUGAUCGAGCACCGGCGGGAGGGACUGCAGCGGUUCUUGCAGAUUGUUGCUGGUCAUCCGCUUUUGCAGACAGGGAGUAAGGUACUUGCAAGCUUUAUACAGGAUCCUAACUGGGAUCGCAAUGCUUGGUAGAAUUGGCAGGGGUUGAAUCAAUUAAUUCACUUAAAUUCUAUCUCUCUCUCUCUCUCUCUCUCUCUCUCUCUCUCUCUCUAUCAGCAGCUCUCACACACAUACCUAUUGAUUUACCGGCGGAGCAAAACAGCGUUUCUCUCUUGAAUCAGUCGAUCGAAGUGAUUAUGGCGGCAAUCUAGUUCUGUCUAUAUUAUGAUUCUCCAUGUUGUUUCUUCUCUUUUUUUUCAUCAAGCACUGUAAUCUUUGUUAUAUCUGUUUUGUUUGGGUUUGGUUGAACCCAAUCUAUGCAUUGUGUUCUGUGCUCAUGCAUUAGUUAUUUUCUGAAAUACCACGUAGUUUCUCAAUUUCUCGAUUACUUUCCAUCUGGGCAACAUGAUGAGCAGAUGGACUAGAGUACCACAUCCCAGAGGAGACACUCCACCGCGCG